AUGGCCACUAUCGAGCCGCGACUUAUGCAUCUGCUAAAUGUCAAUGACUCCAGAGACCACCUGCCGUCUAUCCACAGCACUCUUGGCUCCCAAAACAACGCCGAAGAUGGCGAUGUUCUUCUUCUCCCACCCCUCGAGCUCAACGUCUCUGAGGGUACCUCCCCGACUUCUCUAAAACAGCAACAGCAACAGCAACAGCAGCAAGCUGCAUUGGCUACCACAAGCGCUUCCAUAUAUCCAUUGUCUAUCGAAGAUGACCAGAACUACAAUUCCACCGGAAGUGGAUGGCCUGCACGCGCUAUUCGUAUGGCGUCUGGGGACGUUAGUGGUGCUGACUUCUCUGCUCUUCCAAGCAGUCCUGAUGAUCCCUCGCUGGCAGGGUCUGCGUCUAUCAAUGGCAAACGACUUCGCGUGAUUCCACAUACCGACGAGCUGAUCCAGCUUCCCCAGCCGUUGAAGAAACAGAAAUCCAACCAGCAGGUUGGAGCUCUCAGCCAGGUCUUUCCUCCUAUCAUCAACGGCUUGCAUGAACCGCCGCCAAACGCCGCCGUAUUCCCACCCAUCGCCUCGGACUUCGACGCCAAUGCUACAUUGGGUCGGGGAGCAUUAACCACCGACUUUGUUAAUGGCGGAGAGGGUGGCGGAGGCGUUGGUGGGAAUCUCGGAUAUGAAGGAUUGAUGACGGGAGCGACCUCCGCCUCUGCUACAGAAACAGACAGAUUUGGCGAACCGUUUUUAGCAUCGGGCAUAUCGUCAUCGGCAGCCGGGUAUACGACAGCAGCGCCCACAUUGCCGUCCUGUGCAUUCAAUCAGGGGGGAAUUACGGGAGACUGGGCGCAUGGAUCGUCGGUAUCAUCCUCAAACACAAAGCCGAAACGGCGUGCUGCAAAGCCUCGUCGACGAUGGACGGAGGAAGAGACCAACCAGCUGCUCAUCGGCGUCAGCAGGCACGGUCUAGGCAAAUGGACUGCGAUUCUCGAAGACCCGGAGUUCUCCUUUUGCAACCGCUCAGCUGGCGACCUGAAAGACCGCUUCCGAACCUGCUGUCCUGACGAACUUCGCGGAAAACUCAACCAUGCGGACCGUUUGGCAGCUCCAAAUCUACCGACGACCGGGCCGUCAACAAGAGCGCGGCUGAAAACUAAGACAAGCCUGACGCUGGAGGACAUCCUGAUCGAGCAGGAUGUCCAGUAUGAUCUACAUGGCCAGCCUCCCCACCCAGACGUGCCAAUAGCAGAGUCCUCAUCAGCGACGGGACUAGAACCCAAACUACGCAAGAGACGGGUGCACAGACGAAACAUGGAAGACAUGGUCAAAUUGGGCAUCCAGGGUCCGUUUAAAAAGUCGCAUCGUCGAGAGCGGCGGCCCUUUACAGAACAGGACGAUCGAGAGAUUCUCGAGGGCCUUCAGUUAUAUGGCCCAGCUUGGACCAAAAUCCACCGCCAUCCACAGUUCAAUCUGUCAAGCCGCCAACCGACAGACCUUCGAGACCGAGUGCGCAACAAGUACCCAGAGACAUAUGCCAACAUUGAGAAGGGCGUGUAUCAGCUACAGCCACAAGAAGUUGAACAGGGCGACCUGAAUACAGGUGCAGGUGGCACCGGCAGCGGGAGUACUGCGAACGAUAGCACAAUUAUAUCAGGAGCCAGCACUCUUCUGGAGCCGUCCGUCAAUACGACUAUGGACAACUCUCGACCUUCUCGACCAUCAUUGCCGUCACUGCUACACGUCGAGCCUUUGGAAUCACACGAGCCGUCGGCUUUUGAUAUUGGAGAGGCAUCAAGUUCUGCGUUUUUAGGAAAUGUCGGCGAAAUGGGCAUCUCCCGGCUGUUGUUGGACGAUCCCCAGAUCCCGUCGUAUCCUAUGUGA